AUGCAGGUGGAUUCCAGCAGGCCUGAGCCUAUGGAGCAGGGAGGGGCGGAGGCUGCAGAGCAGGAAUUGCGGUGGAUAGAACUAAGCUCGGAGGCCCGGGAAGCCAGGACAAAGGGGCCCAGUGCCCCCCAGAGCCAGGGGAACCUGCUCCAGGCCGUGUGGCAUGGUCCUGCCGCCUUGGUGACGAAGCUCCUGAGGCAAGGGGCCAGCGUGGAAGAGAAGGACCGCUUUGGAAGGACCCCUCUCCACCUGGCUGUGCUGCGUGGCCACGCGCCCCUGGUGCGCCUCUUGCUGCAGCGCGGGGCCCCAGUGGACGCAGCGGACUGCGCGGGGCACACGCCACUGCACGAUGCCGCCUGGCAAGGGCACUCGCGGGUGGCCGAGCUGCUGCUGCGGCGAGGGGCCCCGGUGGCUGCACGCUCGGGGAAGGGCCUCACGCCGCUGCACUGGGCCGCGGCACUGGGCCACACGUUGCUGACCGCGCGCCUACUGGCCGCUCCGGGAUUGGGCCCCGAGGCCACUGACGCUUUCGGCUGGACCGCAGUGCACUGGGCGGCCGCCGGCGGGAGGCUGCCGGUACUCGAGCUGCUGGCGGCAGGCGGGGGCGCGGACCUGGACGGUGCCCUGUUGGUGGCGGCUGCGGCCGGGCGCCAAGCGGCGCUGCGCCUCCUCAUGGCAUGCGGGGCGCAGGUGGACGCCCCCGACGGCUCCGGGGUCACCGCGCUGGGCUUGGCGGCCGGCCUGGGCCGCCAACAGGACAUUGAGCUGCUCCUGGGCCAUGGGGCAGACCCAAGCAUCAGGGACAGGCAUGGCCGCGUUGCACUUCACAGGGCUGCUGCUGGUGGGCAUCUGUCUGCUGUCCAGCUGCUGGUGGCCUGGGGAACUGAGGUAGAUGCUCAGGACUCACUGGGCCUCACACCCCUGCACUAUGCAGCUCUGGGAGGCCACAUGGAGGUUGCCAGCCAUCUCCUGGACAGGGGUGCACAGGUCAAUGCUGCUGGCUGGCUCCACAAGACCCCCCUGCACCUUGCUGCAGAAUAUGGCCACAGUCCUACUACGGAACUCUUGCUGAGCCGAGGGGCUAGUCCCACUCUGAGGACACAGUGGGGUGAAGUGGCCCAGAUGUCUAAUGGGGGGCUUCCCCAGGUGCUGCCUGCCUUUCAAGGGGAGCAGCAGAUGCGUUCAGGGCAUACAGCCCUGCAGGUCCCAAGCGACUCUCUGUAAGACUGAGCUUCCACACACAGCGGCACAGAAAGCUCCUCAGCCCAGAGGUGCCCAGCUCCUCUCUUCUGGACUGAGAUCACCUGCCUAGGCGGAGAGAGGGAUCAGAUGAGAGGUUCUUGGGGGUGGGGGGAGAGAGCCACGUAAGACUUGGUCACUGGCUGUGGCCAGACCUCAAUGUUCCCAUCUCUCAGUUCCAGCUUUCUCCACACUCUUGGGUGAAGACUGAGUCACAGCAACAGGUCUGACCAAAACCUGAUGGUCUCCCCUUGUCUGUCCACCAUGGAGGCAUCCCCUCACCUGUUCCCGUGCAUGGGGGUAUUCUAUUUUCUUAGAUUUUGUAUUUUCCUGAUGAACCAAACUAAUGGCAGAAUUGUUCCCAUCACCCCUUUCACCCCCGCUCUGUGCCACCUCCUCAGGAAUUCCCACAGGCCAGGCCAGUUUUCCUGCUCACUGCCCAGGGCCAGGUACAGGCAAGCAGGGUCAGCUCAUCUGUGCCAGGGCCCACUGGAGUUAUCCAGACUAGCCAGUUCUAAGCUGUGUGCCAUGCUCUGCCCCUCCAGUGGGCACUCAGCGAGGGCCGGUCCUUCCUUCACUCGCCCUGCCUCUUGAGCAGAGCCUGCUGCUCCCUGUGUGCCUUGCUUGGCCGCCAGGGCAUGGUACACU